AUGAACAAGGAUAGAAUUCUUGAAUUGGAGACUAUCCCAUUGGAAAGUUCUAUUUCCGCUUUGAUGGGAGCAUUGCCCGAGAAGUGUGAUGAUCCGGGUCCUUGCAUGGUCACUUGCACCGUCAAUGGAGUUCAAUUCCUAGAUUGUAUGUGUGACCUUGGUGCAUGUGUUAGCAUUAUGCCUCUCUCCGUCUACCGGGUAUUGAAGCUACCACCACUAAAAAGGUCGACGGCAAGAUUUGUUCUAGCGGACAAAAGCAUAAUAACCGUGACGGGUGUUGCGGAAGAUGUAUUGGUUAAUAUCAAAGGGUUGGUAUUUCCGAUUGACUUCUAUGUCCUUGAGAUACCAUCAAGUGAAUCCGAGAGAGCCUCAUCCAUCCUACUUAGAAGACCAUUUUUGAGGACUUCUAGAUUCAAGCUAGAUGCCUACUCGGGAACCUACUCAUUUGAGAUAGAUGGGAGAGUCGUGAGUUUUAGCCUAGAAGAAGCAAUGAAGCACCCACCGGAGAAUCACUCUCUAUUCCGGUGUGACCCAAUCAACAACAUUGUUGCCGAAGUGCACCUUGCAAAGUUGGAUGAGAAGUACAUGAUUGAAGAAGCAAAUGAAGAUCCAAGCAAAGUAAACACCAUACACCAUACAAACCAUCCAGAAACUCAAACUUCAAAUCAUGACAAAAAGAUGGGUGAAGCCACUACCACCCCACCUAAAGUACUCAUAUCUUGA